GUCGCUAUUGGGUGGACAUUUAUGACACCCUCAUCUCAGGCACCUUUUGGAAAUGGAGAGAGGGAACGACUAAGCGCGAGAUUUAUUACCCAGGAGACACCACUAUCCACCUUUCCGGAGAGGGCACCUCCGUGCAGUGGAGCGCCGGCACGUGGAUGGUCGAAUAUGGCCGAGGCUUCAUCCCCUCCACCCUGGCCUUCGCCCUGGCUGACACGAUCUUCAGCACUCAGGACUUCCUCACCCUCUUCUACACCCUCCAGGUUUAUGCCAAGGCCCUGCUCUUGGAGGCUAACACAUACUUCAGCAGCACCAGUCAGUGAGUCUCGGCCCACUCCCCACUCCCAGCCGACGUGAAGCUCGCCCCCUUCCCCACCCUCCCAUCUCGUGUGCUGGCGAACCUGGUGCAGCUCCCGGGCCUGCCCUUCUUGGCCACACGCGGUUGGGUGCAUCGCCUGCGUGUCAGGAAGCAGAGGUGGGUCCACGCCCUUCUCAGUUGCUCCAUCCACGAACACCUGGAUGUCCUGCUCUAAAUAGGUAUCCAAGCUGCCCCCUGGGUGACAAUUCGGUCUCUCUUGGAGCAUUUUGGAGCCACGCAGAGAAAGAGGGGGGGAAAAAAGUCCCAGGUGUUUUAUGGCAGGAGUGGUGCCCAUGUGCAGCGGCAUCGGUGCACAGUUGACCCAAAUAAUGCCAUUUGCAUGAUGGCAUUUGCCAGGCCCCUUUGGAAAGAGACGUUGCAUCCUCUUUGCAUGCUUUGAGUCGAGGUGCCUCCUGUAGUAGCAUUGUCACCAACGCCCCUUGGUCCUUCUCAGCUUGGUUCCAAGUGGGCCUUUUGAUCUGAUUUACAGCAGGACAAAUUUUGAUAGGCAGCUGAGAAACAACAGCCGAAGUGUUUGGAUGGAGCCCUUCAGAGUGUACAUUUCCACUGCUGUUUAAGGCAGACCAGCACUUCCUGGCACUUCCUCUUCCUUCCUUCCUUCCUUCCUUCCUCCCCAUUUCAAUUUCUCAGGUGGAAAACGGGUAAUUUGGCUGAGCAAUAUCUGCCUUCGCUGGUUGGGAAGCACCCCUGCAGACCUUGGGGGUUUUCUGGCUGGGCUUCUGGAAAGUUCUUUCCGGCAGACUCGCGUUGUUCUCUGCCUGGGAUCUCUGCGGGUGGAUCUUCCACAGCUCUCUAGAAGAUCCACAGUAGUUUGGAAUUCCGGUUGCGUCUUCCUUGGGUCUCUCGUGAUCCUUUUUCUCUCACGACAAAUCAGCCAACUGCAUGGACAGUUGGUUCAUCCUUCCUUCCCUGCUUGCAGCUCCCCUAUUCCAGCUAAUUUCCUCUAAUCCUUUCAGAGGAGACUGGGAGAGGGGGGAGGUAUUUCCCCGUUCCUGUCCUACUCUCCUACUCCCACCCUAGAGAGAGAACAACUCACCAUGGGUUGGUGACUCUUGUCCACGCGUACCUCAUCCGUUGAAGAGUAGAUCUAUUUGGAGCUAAAUCUAGCCGAGUCAGCUCCCCUUGUGGAAUUUGCACGUUUAUAUUCCCCUUCUCUUCCUCCGUCCGUGGCCCAGUGAAGCCCCUCGUUCCCACAGAGCUCGGUGGUUUUGAAGAGACGCUAUUAUAAUUAAGCAGUAGUAGGAAUAUUAGCAUUGCAGCUGCCUUUCGUGGCCGGUUCUUCCUGUACGUCUUAAUGCCUGGAGCGCCAAUAACCAAAAAUGUCUUUUGCAGCCUUCCUUUUCUUCUCCCCCCCCCCCCAAAAAAAAACCCUCCAGAUUGUAGACAUUCUCAAGAUCUCAUCCAGUUUGGUCCUGUCAUAAUGCAGAACCGCCAUCCGUCACCCAAACUAUGCGCCUUAUUCUCUUGAGCUAUGCACGUGUGUGUGUGUGUGUAUACCUCCUGUCGUUGAUGUUAUCUGGCUGAGAACCAGUAGUUGUUCAUGGGAGUUGAAGGGAUCCCUGGGAGAACGGGGAUCCAGUGAGACUGGACCUGCUUGACUCAAAAAGGGAUCUUGUAGAGUUGCAGAAGUGGCCAAACCCUGAAUGUUGAGUUUGGGGCCUUGAAAUUCAAGCAAUGGGACCAAACCCAGGGUAGUUGAUUCUCUAGAACAGGGGUCCCGGUGGGCUUCCAACUCUCAUGCUGGCUGGGGGAUCCUGCAGUUGAAGUCCCACCCGUCUUAACAGUUGCCGAGUUUGAAGACCUCUGCUCUAGGACGAAGCGGUGCCCGUCUUCUCCCCUCAGAAUAGCCCGAAAUUGCAACCAUCAAAAAAGGGGUGUCAUUACUCAACAACGAAGCUCCCCUCCUUCGUACUAACCCGGUAUUAUUAACCGGAAGACCCUGUUUCUGUAGCGUGGGAAUUAGGCUUACGGUAUUGGCGGCCUGUCCUGGGCUUCUGCCUGGUUCCAGAAUUCUCCCGAGAGAGAGAGAGAGAGAGAGAGAUGCUCAUCCUGAACGCUUCCGUCUCCUGAAAAAGUCUCCUCCCUCAGAAGGGCCUUUGAGGUGGCUGGAUGGUCAAAACCUGGAUCCAUUUUGGCUCCGGUCUGGAUCCUGGCUUAUUCCAGAGUUUCAUUUUGCCUGGGUGAAAGAGCCGGAUGGGAAGGGAGGCUCCUCUCUUCUUGUGUUUCUCCUAUGGAAAUCCUCCCCUUUUCAUCCUUUUCCCCUGAAAGGUGGGCGGGGGGUUGUUGGUAGAAAAUGCCAGUAGGUGGCAGUAAUGCCUUGUCCUGGCCAUCCCCAGUGUAGUUGGGGAGAGGCUCUUCGACACACACCCCCCCUCUCAACGGCCACGGGGAGCCUGUCAAACUAUUGCUCCACUGACACCCCACCCCCACCCCAGGGCUGCUGCAUGCAGGGUUAGGGUUAGGGUUAGGUCCAGUAGCCAGAUUUGGUGGGCUGAAUUGGUUGCCACGUUGCCUCUGCCCAUGAGGGGGCCCCAACCCCUCCCUCCCGUAGGGGCCUCCUUACCAAUUCCCGCUUUUUUAUUUUAUUUUGAUCAGUCUUAAGCGCACAUCCCCCCCCCCCA